UUCUGCUGCUGCGGUAUGUCGCAAACUCCUGUUUCGGGCACUUCUUCGACUAUGUCUACUGACCGUGUUGAAGACCGGGAAGUAGAUGUGUUCGAGAAGUUAAUGCGUUCAUCGCUGAAAGAUGUACGUAUUGACAGAGAAGGCGACAUUCAUGGAUUUUGUGAGACAGAAGAGGAUGUUGUCCAUCUUCUGAGCAGCUUGCGCGUCCAUGGCUACGCAUACUCAGUUAGAAGAAGUGCGUAUUAUCGCCAGCCCCCUUCAGGUGCUGCUAAACAUGAGACAGGCUUCUUCUACAGCCACACAAAAGGCAACAUACCAAUACAGUUUUUUGGCCCUGUCUUUUGUGUGGAAAGCUUAGUGAAAAGAGAAUGUACUCUUGGCCCGUUGUAUCAUAAAAAGGAGACUCCUGUUGCAGAUCAUCUGGUGGACCAUGUCAACCCAAAGAAGAAGAGAAAAGUUCUCAUGGACACACAAAAGAAAGGCUGUCCAGCAACAUUGGAUGUUAAGUGUGUCAGGAUAUUCCCAGAUUAUGCGAUAAACUCGGCAACAGACAGUUCAAAAAAAAGAGUACUCUGUGUUCUUGUGCCACAUUUAAAAGCAGCAUUCAGAUCAGCUUAUUUGGUUCUUUUGUAUUGCAUGGGAGCAAUGGACAAGCCACAAGCAAAAUUUACAAAAGAGUUGCAGUUGCAGAUCACCUUGGCAACAUCAAGGUGACACAGCUGUCUUCUCCCAGCAGCGAGAGGCAAUGUUGUGAUCAUUCCUCUGAACCUCCUUCUCUCGUGGAAAGUGUAAUUGACACACAAUGCACACCCAGGUGCGGUAGUCCCUACCGUUACAAAUAAGUUUGCUGUGGCACAUUACCUGGUUGUGUAUCAUCAAGUCAAGACCGUAUCAGUCCAAGGGAAAAUAUAAUGAACACAAAUGAGUGCUCAGUUUCAGACAAAUGGCUGAAUUUUCCAGGUUUUCUGUACAGUGAACAAAUUACCACAUGGAGACAAAAGUUGCUGCAGAAGUGGCCUUCGUG